UUCUCUCCCCUCCUCCCAUUCCGCCAUUAAACGAAGAACCAGUAGCACUACUCUGCUCCUGGAUCCUGACCCCUGUCUUCCAUGCCUGCGGUCGUCCGAGAGCGCGUCGUAGUGCACUGAGGAUCACCACAAGUCUCCAUGCGGCACCGGCAGCCAGGCGAGGAGGACAAGGAGCUGUUCGUGCAGUGGAGACCCUGCGACAAGCAGAGGUCCUAGUCGCCGGCCCGUCCCGUCGGACGAGCAGAUCCGGACGACGAACAUCUUUUAAUUUGGUCGGUGGUUGAUUCGGGCGGGGGAGGGAAGAUGGGCACGCAUGGCGGCGCUGGCAGCGGGAGGACGCGGGUGGGGAGGUACGAGCUGGGGAGGACGCUCGGGGAGGGCACGUUCGCCAAGGUCAAGUUCGCCAGGAACGUCGAGACCGGCGAGAAUGUCGCCAUCAAGAUCCUCGACAAGGAGAAGGUCCUCAAGCACAAGAUGAUCGCGCAGAUAAAGCGCGAGAUCUCCACCAUGAAGCUCAUCAGGCAUCCCAACGUUAUUCGGAUGUACGAGGUGAUGGCAAGCAAGACCAAGAUAUACAUAGUGAUGGAGCUUGUCACCGGUGGUGAACUUUUCGACAAGAUCGCUUCGCGCGGGAGGCUCAAGGAGGACGACGCGAGGAAAUAUUUCCAGCAACUGAUCAACGCUGUUGACUAUUGCCAUAGCAGAGGCGUCUAUCACCGAGAUUUGAAGCCUGAAAAUCUUCUCCUUGACGCUAAUGGCACUCUCAAGGUGUCAGACUUUGGACUGAGCGCGCUGUCAAAGCAAGUGCGGGAGGAUGGGCUGCUGCACACCACUUGUGGAACUCCCAAUUAUGUUGCUCCCGAGGUUAUAAAUAACAAAGGUUAUGAUGGAGCCAAGGCUGAUCUCUGGUCAUGUGGGGUGAUUCUCUUUGUCCUUAUGGCGGGGUACCUUCCAUUCGAAGAUUCAAACCUCAUGUCACUUUACAAGAAGAUAUACAAAGCAGACUUUACUUGCCCAUCUUGGUUCUCCACGAGCGCAAAAAAGCUCAUCAAGAAGAUACUAGAUCCCAAUCCUAGCACUAGAAUAACUAUUGCUGAGGUUAUAAGCAACGAGUGGUUCAAGAAAGGAUAUCAGCCUCCUAGGUUUGAGACAGCAGACGUUAAUCUGGAUGAUGUCAACUCUAUAUUCAACGAAACCGGGGAUCCAGCACAGCUUGUUGUCGAAAGGCGUGAAGAAAGACCAGCGGUGAUGAAUGCUUUUGAGUUGAUUUCUACCUCACAGGGCCUUAAUCUCGGCACACUAUUUGAGAAGCAAACGGAUUCUGUUAAGCGAGAGACAAGGUUUGCAUCGAGGCUUCCUGCAAAAGAGAUACUGUCUAAAAUCGAAGCGGCAGCAGGACCCAUGGGAUUCAAUGUACAGAAGCGCAACUAUAAGCUGAAGUUGCAAGGAGAGAAUCCUGGAAGGAAAGGUCAGCUGGCAAUUGCGACAGAGGUUUUUGAAGUCACACCUUCACUCUACAUGGUUGAAAUCCGCAAGUCUAACGGUGACACCCUGGAGUUCCACAAUUUUUACCAUAGCAUCUCAAAUGGGCUGAAGGAUGUCAUGUGGAAGCCAGAAGGCGGCAUACCCGAAGCCGACGAGAUCCGGCACCGGAGGUCGCCGUGAUUGGCACCUAAUUUUAGAGGUAGAAGAUAAAAAGAUAGUCAGGAAACCUCAGGAAAUGCCUGUGCCGUUUUUUUUCAUGGUCUAGACGUGGUUGUAAACAAGCAUCUGAGUUAUGAAUGGAAGUAUGUGCAGAGUUGCAUUAAUUUUAGCUUA